AUGGGUUUGCAGGCAUCGAAAUCCGAGAAAGAUUCCCCAGCACCGAAGAAACCAGGAUUUUUCAGCAAGAAGAAAUCGACUGAGGUGAUCGCAGGUGCUGUUGAGCAGAAAUCAACGGAGUUGAUCGCAGCUGAUGUUGAGAAGAAAUCAACUGAGAAAUCUACAGAGGUGGUCCGAGGUGAUGUUGAGAAGAAAUUGACUGAGAUGACCACAGCUAUAGUUGAGAACAAAUCAGCUAACGUAAUCACAACUGAUGUUGAGGAGAAAUCAACUGAGGGGAUCGCAGCUGAUGUUGUUGCAGAAACGUCUGAAAAUUUGGACGUGCAUUUGGCAGAAACAAGCAACCAUUGCAAGAUAGAUGGUAAGGACGUUCUAAAGAAUUCGUCCUCCACUGCUGCAGAUCAUCUUACCGAAGAGGAACAAAAAUGUGAAAACACUCGUAAUGAAGAAACACCAAUGUCUCAUGAGAAAUAUGAACCACCAGACUAUUCAUGGGAUCAAUGUAUUCGUCCUCUAUUCUCUCGUUUGGUGCAAGUUCUGCCAGUCGAACCCAUUCUUGAUAAACUGCUGAGUACGGACCAGGUAAGAUUGGAAGAAUUUGAUAAAAUGAAGCAAAUGAAUGGGGACGUCGAAAGAGCUCGGUAUCUAUUGAGUGAAAUCUUACCUUAUACUUGCACCAAGGAUUUUCACAAGUUUUGCGAUACUUUGUCAGACGCUGGCGGAUAUGAUCAAAUAUUACAUCUUAUACAACCGGACAGACAUCCAGAUCUACAGAAAAGAGAUCCCGAAGAAAUUAUUGCGGAUUUAUUAAAGGCGGCAAGGUCUCGUCGGCUUCCCUCACAAGAAAAAUCUUUGUUGGACAAGGAAAAGCCUAGGCAGAAAGGACAUUUUUCGGUGGAAGUCGAAAUGAGAAAUUUUCCUCAUUUUUGUGGUCGAGACAAAAUUGUCACUGACAUGUCCCAAUUCUUUUGGAGUAAAGAUCAUGAACAUGCAGAAUUGAUAAACACCAGGGAUUUUCGAUUGAUGUGCAUCUGUGCUCAAGGUGGGGCUGGUAAAUCAUGCUUAGCAGCCUACUAUGCAAGGCUUUACAGAACGACGUACGAUGGAGGAGUGUUCUUUAUCAGCUCGAGAACGAAUGCAUCCAUACGACAAUCGAUUUACAAAUUUAUCUGUCUUUUAAGUUCGGAGAAAGGCGAAGUCGCAAGUAAAUCAUUGGAAGAAAUGAAGGCGCGCUUCCUAGAUCUCCUUAUUUUACGUGGCGGCAAUGUCUUGUUGAUCUACGACAGUAGUGAUGAUUUGAACGUCGUUCAACACGUAGUUCCCUCGUGCAGCAUAAAAAUUCACGUUAUCAUUACGACAAGAUGCAGAGAUCACGCAUUGAUGCAAGAAGGCAAGGUGAUUCAACUACCGGAGUUGGAUGAAGACGCCGCUGUUGACUGUUUUCGCCGUUGGGCUGGAAUAUACAACAAAGACGGCAGUAUGUCAGAAUUUGCUUUGGAUGAAAUAAGAAGUAUAGUGACCGAUGGACAAGUAAAGCUAUUGCCUCUGGCCAUUCGACGUGUUGCAACAUUGAUGAAGAAGACAGGGGCUACUUUUAGAAAGAUAAAGGAAACUCUGUCAUUGAAGAAAGAAAUGGUGCGGUAUCUAGAGGAUGACUUCAAUGACAUAUUACAUGGUAAUGGUCUGCUGCAUCUAAAGCCGAAACUGGCGAGUUUGGGUGUUUCUCGAAUCGAUCAAAUUUUAACUGCCGAAUUCUCCUCAUUGGUCAAAUCGUGUAACUUUUGUACGAUUGAUGAAGAGAAGCUGAAGAAAAUGCAAGACAGACUGAGGGUCGACGAUGAAGCGCCAAUGCAUUGGGAUCUCGAUCUAGCUGAGGUUGCAAGCAGGUCUCAAGUUGCAGACAAAAUUCUUCGUUUUGCUUCUUUGAUGGACACGAGCGCUGUUCCUACUGAUGUUAUUCGUGCAGCUGUAUUGUGCGAUGGAGAGUCAAGUCUUGGAGAACAUGAGUUUGAAAGCUCUUUGUAUUUGUUGUCACACGAGUUUUCUCUGCUCACAUUCAAUGACGAGGAACAGACGUGUGACAUUCAUGCGCUCGUUCAGCGGUCUGUUACAAGCCACACGAAGAGAAGAAACAAAUUACUAUCUUCUGUCGUUUGUUUGACUAAGUGUAUUCAAGACAUGUUACCAAAGUCCGAUGGAGUCAUAAAACGCAACCUCAAUAACAGCAAGUUGAUUGCAUUGGCUCCACACGUUUUCAGCGUUUGCGAUCACAUCUUGAAGUUGAAAUGUAUAAAGCAAGAAUGUCUAAUGCUUUUGAAGAUUUCCUGUUGGUUGUCAAGAUAUCUCUACGACAUUACAACAGCCAAGCAUUUAGCAGAGGGGUGGUUGCAAAUUCGUCGUCGAAUCGGCACUCGCACUAAAGUCGAAGCCUUUGAAUUGAGCCAAAGUCUGCUUUCUGUUGGUGAUGCUUACGAUCUAAUGAGUAGACCUGACUCGUCGAAGCCAUACUUUGAAGAAGCCGUACAAGUAUUGGAAGCAUUUGGCGUCGACGAUUCUUUUCGUAUGUCAUAUGGUGUGGCUCUAAGCAGCUUAGGGUGUUGCUACCUGAAAAUGAAGAACUUGGAAGAUGCAGAGAAGAUGUUCAGGAAACAUAUUGAAUUGACACGAGAAUAUGCUGGUGUAGCAGUUGGUGCAGAUACUGCUUGUGCGCUACAUAACCUUGCUUUCACAUAUAAAGAAGGGGGGAAAUACGACGAGGCGAUAAAGGCAUACGAGGAGUCGCUCGUGUUGAAAAGGCAAUUGGAUGACUGCAAUCUAGUGGACACAUCUCCGACUCUCAUGAAUCUUGGUAACUGCUACAGAGAGAGCGGGAAACUUAAGGAAAGUGUGAGUUUAAUAGAGGAGGCAGUCAAAAUCAGACGAUCUUGCUACUCAUCUUCUCAUCCCUCCUUGGCACUAGCUAUAAGUCAUCUUUCCUCUACGUACGAUUCACUUGACAGAAAAGAUGAAGCUAUGAAAUUGGCAAGAGAAGCGUUUGAUAUUGCAAGUGUAUCAUUACCGUCAUCACAUUGUUAUUUGUCGUUGUAUAUGAACGGUAUCGGUUAUUGCUGUGAAUCUCGAGGAGACUACAACGCAGCCAUCGUGUGGUAUGAGAAAUCUCACCAAUUGCUGCAACAACUAAGUUCUUCGCCUACGCGAGACGACUUCCUUGCAACAACUCUUAUGAAUCUUGGUCAUUGCAUCGAACAAAGCGGAAACCUCAAAAAGAGUGCAAAUUUACUGGAGGAGGCAGUUACCCUCAGUCGGUCGAGUUGCUCACCCUCUCAUCCAAAAUUGGCAACUAUUCUCGUUUUCCUUGUCAUAACCUACGACCUUUUGGACAGAAAAGAGGAAGGCUUGCAACUCGCAAGCAAAGCGUAUGAGAUGGCAUCCGUGUCGUUGCCGCCUUCACAUCCUACUAUGGCACAUUGUAUGAAUGCUGUGGGAUACUGUUAUCGAUCACAAGGAAACUACGAGGAAGCCAUAUCGUGGCACGAGAAAGCUCGAGAAUUGCAUCUAAAACAAGAUUGCUCGCCCGCUCGAGAUAAAGGCGUUGCUAUAAAUUUGUAUUUAUUGUCUCUCGACUAUGACGGGAAAGAAUGUUGGAAUGAAGCCAUAAAGAUGUGUCUGGAAGCCAUAGAAAUGGAAAGAAAGCGCAUCUUCCCUAAUCGUACCUUUAUUGCUAUUGGUAUGAUGCGAUUAGGUUCGUAUGAGAUCAAGACCGCAAGACUUGAAGAGUCUACGUCGCACUUGCAAACUGCCUUGUCGUUUUUGCAAGACAACCUACCUACUAGUCAUUACACAGCAGAUUGUCACUUUUACCUUGCUACUUUAUUCCUUGCCAUGAAAGAAGCAUACCAAGCCAGUCUACAUGUAGAGAAAUGUGUUGAGAUACGAAAAAUGAUUUUUCCCGAUUGUCACAGAAAAAUAAGGGAAACUGAGUGUCUAAAACAAGACAUUGGAGGGCUGAAAGAAUAUACAAGUGACUGACAUGAUAUUCUUACUGUUUUGAUUGUGUGUUGCCGUUUGCUUGUGUUCUUGUUAAGAUUGAUGGGAUUAGUUGGCAUGGUGUAAGAGAACUCUAUGGAUGUCUAGAUAGAUUUCGGGAUUGCACCUUGCCAUUAUUGUAG